AUGUUGACUCUGGCACUUGAUAAGGAUUCCACUGUUAGCCCACGUCUAGCUGCUGCCGCCGGCAUCCUCAAAGUCAUAAGAGGCGCCUAUUCGGAGCUAUGCCAAGAGGGUUGGGAGCGAGCGAUUGGUGCAUCCGAAGAAGAUGGUACUGACCUGCACAAACUAGCCAGAGGGUAUCUUCAUGCCCACUUGCCGCAGUGGCUCACAGGCGCGGCUGUAACAGAGUCCUCGCUUGUCGAUGAUGGUCCACUUCCUGGGCCUGAGGAUCCCGGAGCUCCCCAG